AUGUCCGACACUGGCCGUAUGUCCGCUACCGACAAGGCUAAGGCUGCGCUCAAGCCCGACUCUGAGAAGUCUACGACCGAGCACUUCGGUGACAAGGUCAAGGGUAACGCCGACGACCUCGCCUCCUCUGCUCAACCUCAGAGCGAGAAGUCGUACACCCAGAAGGCGACCGAUACCGUCUCGGGCAACAGCAACCACAGCAACGAGUCCUUCCUCGACAAGACGAAGGACAAGCUCGGUCUCGGCAACAAGAGCUCGUAA